UGGUUGAUCACAGACGGACAUAAAUGUUUUGCAAUCUAUUUUUCGUUGUCAAGAGCCCACAAAACAUAGAUUCUGACUACACAGAUAAAGUACUUUAGUGCAUGUAGAAACAAGAUUUACUUACUUUUUCGUUGCCAGGACCCGGCAUAAAGAGUUUUUCUGUCGAAAAAUCACUGUUUAUUCGCUCAGCAUUAAAAUACAUAUUUUCCCACAGCGUAAGCGGUACGCGAGAAAGUCAAAAUAGCAAUGUUCGGUAUCAGGGAAUCUCAAAACGUGUAUUUCUGUUCAAAUCUCGAAAUCAAUUUUUCGCAGCAUUACAUAACUUACCCUAAACUCCUUACAUACGUACGUGAAAAAUGGAGCUGAAAAUUUGAGACGUCGCAUCUGUGGCAAUUGUAAUUUCAGUAGAGUCAACUCGCAAUUUUAAUUGAGUGGGAGUUUCAACCCCUGUACUUCCGCCACCCCCCUCAGAUAAGUAGUUGUAUAUGACUCUGUGUAAAAAUUCGUUACUUUGACAGAAUACGGUUUUCACUAAAAGAAACUGUAUUAGGGGCCUAUUUUGUGACUUGUGCGAGGACAUGUGUAUAAAACAAACAUUCAAACAUUUUGGAAGCAAAUCUUAAAUGUGAGAACUGAAAAUGCUCUGAUUUCUUUAUCUUUCCCCCCACUACUUUUCUUUUCUCCCCACUAUCCUUGAGUGAUUACUCACAGGAAGUGUUCUUGGAGAAGGGUGUGACAGGAAAUGUUGUCAUAUUACCUUUCCUUUAAUAGAGUACUUCACCUUUUGCUACUGCUCUGAGAGAAAAUGUGUAUCACUUUUUGCAAUUCAAAAUUUAUCUUCUUGAACAUGAAACUGGUGUUCCUUGUAACAGUGCUUUUGUAUGGAAGAUUGUAUAUAGAAUGUUUUAAUAUAGGCACAGAAUUUCCAAUUAUCUAUAGUAGACCAUUGGAAAGUUUGCCAGGGCGUAAUAGUUAUUUUGGAUUUUCUCUUCUUCUAAAUAAAAAUUGGAUUCAAAUAGGAGCUCCUAGGGCUAAUUCCACAAUUUUGGGAAACAGAGUGAUGGAACCAGGUGUAGCCUAUCGAUGUACAAUAUUUGGAGCUUGUACAGAAGUAGAACUGGAUAGAAAUGUUAACCGACUUCGAGAUGAUAAUCCCUCAGUAAAGGACUUAAAAAACUUCUCGUGGAUUGGUGGAGCAAUGGCUAUGGAACAUGGCUCCCAAGGCAAAGUGGUGGUAUGUGGUCACCGAUGGAAGAAUCAGCAGAACUUGAACCCAAAACACUCACUUAAGAAAACAUUUAAUACAUAUGCUAUGUCUGGCAUAUGUUAUAUUUCUAUAUAUGAAUCAGAAUCUGUUCCGAAAUUCAAGUAUACCUUACCUUCAGAGGUCUACGAUAGAGAUGGUAAAACAUACAAUGGUAUUACAUUUUAUGGAAUAUACCACAAAAGUCAAAUUGGGAUGUCAGUUUACAUCGCUCCACAAUCAGAGGAGAGUAUUUCAUUAUUGAUUGGUGCUCCAGGAGCUGGAAGAUAUUGGUCAGGUGGUGUUUUGGAAUAUGCCAGGGAGCCAAAAACCCAAAUUGCAUCUAGGAGGAGACGUGAUAUUCCCAGAACAGAGUUUGGACCUUAUACCAAAAUUGGUUUCAUUGAUGAGUUUGUUUUCAAUCAAUUCAUUGAUCAAUUUAACUUCUUUGGAUAUCAAGUAGCUGCUGGUUAUUUUUUUUCUCAAAAAGAAUUAUUGCAUGUUGCUGGUGCACCUCGUGCCUAUGAUAUGAAAGGUUUGGUUGCAAUUUAUAGUAUUGGAAAUCGACACAAAGACGUUAAACUUAUAGAUGUGAAAAAAGGUCAGAGUUUUGGAGAAUAUUUUGGAAGCACUCUGGCUGUUGCUGAUGUGACUGGAGAUGGAUUUGAUGAUUUAAUUAUUGGAGCCCCAUUUUUUUCUCUUCAUGGUGAUGAAGGCUGCAUUUAUGUUUUUACAAAAUCAGUUACGUAUCAAUAUACUGUGCAGUAUUUCCUUCAAGAAAAAGAAAAGAAAACUGGAUUUGCAAUUGGUGGGCGAUUUGGUACUUCUAUGGCUUCCUUAGGAGAUAUCGAUCAAGAUGGAAGAGGAGACAUUGCUGUAGGUGCCCCAUAUGAAGAAUCAGGAGUGGUAUACAUUUUCAAUGGUGCUCCAAAUGGUUUAAGUUCCAAACCCAGUCAGCGAAUUGCAGCUAGUGAUAUACAUAAAUCGAUAAGAGGUUUUGGAAUAAGCUUCUCCAGACCUGCAGACAUUGAUGAAAAUAAGUUCACUGAUGUGGCCAUAGGUUCAUAUUUAUCGGAACAUGUUGUUAUAUUAAGGAGCUAUCCAGUUAUUGAAUUACAUUCUUAUAUACGAAGUUAUACCAAGCAAUUUAAUAUGAGUCACACAAGCUUUAUGGUGGAACCAUGCAUAUUUUAUAAAGGCAGUGAGAAUGUGCCAAAUGAUAUUGAGGUUGUUCGAGAGAUAGAUGUUGAUACCAACUUUCAUCGUUUCCUUCCCAUUCCAGAGAAAAGUUUUGUUUUAGCCAACAAAUCACAUUUUCAUUGUGAGAAAAUAAUUAUUCAAAAAAAGAGAGAAUCUGACUCCAUACAUGAUUUAAAUGAUAUUACAAUUGGUGUGACCCAGAGAUUGAAGUAUAAGGGAAAAAAAGAAUCAAUUGUAUUGUGGGUGAAUGGAUCAUCUCCAGUUAAAGAUGCUGACAAAUUCUGCCGUUUCUGUCCAGUUGUAAGAGAGAUUCAUUCAGAUGUAAUAAAUAUUCCUUACGCCCGUGAUUGUGGUGAUGAUGGUGUGUGUGAGUCAGAUGCUCAACUCCAGUGUCAACUACUGCAAAAUGAUAUUCUGUUAAAAACUGCCCAACAACCCUUUUUGAGCUACAAUUACAUUAUUGGAUCAUAUCCAAAUCUGAAGCUGAUGAUGCAUGUACAUAACAAAGGAGAUACUCUUUACUCUCCAAAAGUUAAAAUUUAUAUUCCUGAACAAGUGGAACUUGCUCAGAUGUCUCUAAUGUGCCAGGAUAAAAAAAAUGGAAGUUUGGAAGUAACUUGUGGAUUUGGACCUAUUACUGAUGGGAAAAUGAAAUCUAAUAACAUAAGUUUGGAUUUGUCUUCUUAUGAGACUCUGAGAACAAUGUCAGAGAAAGGAGAAUCAUUAUUAAUUAAAGCAAAUAUCUCUCAAGACAAUUAUGAAGAUUUAAAUCCAAGAAAUAAUCAUUGCAACAUAAGAUUGAAUCUAAUUAUGAUGGCAGAUGUUAACAUAACAGGAAAAUCUGUUCAAGAUGAGUUUUUUAGUGAAAGUGAAAAAAAACAAAAAGCAUUUACUCACAUUUACGAGGUAUUAAAUGUGGGCAUCAGUCCUUUAAGACAAGUUCAAACAUUUUUUCAAAUUCCAGUGGAAUGGCUUGAGUCAAGUUCAUCUAUUCAACUUUCUUCUCCAACUGUCGAGGCACAACAGAAUGGAAAAUCUAUAUUUUGCAAAUUAGUAAAAGCAAAUAUGGAAAUGGGUCAAAAUACUUAUCAGAAAGAUGCAUCUAGUGUUAAAAAUAAAAAUGCUGAAGGUAUUUCUUUGACAGAUACUCAUCCAUCUAACAGGACUUUCUAUGUGAACUGUUCUUCGCCUAAUGUGAAGUGCCAAACAUGGUCGUGUAAUUUCUUCGAAUUUAAAAAUAAUACAAUUGCAAGAAUAGAAAUUGUAGUAAGAUUCAAUGUUUCCAGACUAGUUCCUAUAUUAGGAAACAAAGAUAUAAUAUCAUUUUCAACUCAUGGACAUGUUAAAAUGAUUGAAUCUAACAAUACUCAGCGCCCUAAUAUAAUGUCGUAUCAUGAUAUAACAGUGUCUUCUUUUGCCAUUGGAACAGUGACUGAUGAAACAAUUCCUCUGUGGAUAAUAAUUCUUUGCAUUGUUGCUGGAAUUUUGUUAAUUGCAGCUAUAGUUGUAGGAUUAUCAAAGGCUGGAUUUUUUAAGAGAAAAAAGAAGGAAGAACUUAAAGCCUUAAAGGAAUCUGAGGUCUUUGGUUAUAAUGUAGAUACUAACUUCCCAUUAAUAUACAAAGAUCCUUUUCGGAACCCUUUUGGGAGAAGCAGCUACUUCGGUUACUCUGUAUUGCUUAGUAAAACAUGGAUCCAAAUAGGAGCACCACGUGGAAAUUUUUCAACAGAGGGAAUGAAAAUUAUAGAACCUGGUGUUGUCUACCACUGUAAAUUUGGUGAACCUUGGGUUCAGUUAUCAUUAGGAAAGUCACUCUCAAAUCAAGGUUUCUCUAUAUCGAGAGAAUCUUGGUUUGGCAUCGCAAUGGAUUUUGAACCGGGUAUAACAGGACAAAUUGUGGUGUGUGGUCAUCGAUGGAUGAAUGUCUCUUUUCCAAAAGAUAUUCCAGGAGCGUGUUAUUCAUUUCAAUCAAAUGAUGACCUAACACGAAUUUCAAAUAUUUUGACACCUACUAGUUCAGCAAAUAAGGAUAAACACAUUGCAGUUGGAGCUCCUUAUGAAGGUAAUGGAGUUGUUUACAUUUAUUACGGAAGAUCUACUGGCUUGAAGGGACCCCAUCAGCGAAUACCAGCAGAAGAUUUGUACAAAAACUUAAGAGGAUUUGGAAAUAGUUUUUCAGGUCAAAUUACCACUGCUGGAAAUUAUUAUAAUGGUAUUGCUGUGGGCUCAUUUCUUUCUGGACAUGCUGUUAUACUUCGUACUCUACCUGUUGUAACAGUCAGUACUCACAUAAAACCCGUAACACGCCAGCUUUCACACGCAGUUUCUCAAGCAAUUGUUGAUGUAUGUGUUCACUUCUCUGGAACAAAUGUCUCUAGAUUAAAUAUAACUCAAAGGAUAUCAGCUGAUAGGUCAUUUGGUCGAGCCAAGCCAGCUUACAUACACGAUACUCUUCUGUUGGAUGUUAAUGAAGAAAAAUGUCAAAACUACACAUUCCAUGUCUUGUUUAAGCCAGAUCUUGUCCAUCAAAGCAUGGUGUUUCUUCUAUCAGCACAAGUCACAAAUACUUCAGAGGCUGCAAAAAGAAAAGAUAUCCUUUAUGUGCAAGAAGAUGGUUCAAUAUCUGGAUAUGAUGGAUUUCAAUUUCAGGAUCCCAUACAAAAAAUAUCAAGUGGCAGCUCUGAAACAACAUUGGAGAUUCCAUAUUCUCAGGAUUGUAAAAAUGAUGUUUGUGAACCAGAUUUGCAAUUAAAAUGUUAUAUCCUGCAGAAUGGAAAUAAAUUUAAUCUAACCCAAACUUUCGUUAUUGGCUCAAAGGCAAAAUAUCAGCUACAAAUAGAUGUGACAAAUUCAGGAGAACCUUCAUAUACAACAUUAGCUGAAAUAAAAUUUUCAAAGGAAAUUCAGCUUGCUAGCAUUCCAUAUAUGUGUACUGAAAUAGAUGAAGCAACAAGCUGUCAAUUGGGAAUUAUUAAAAAAAGUAAUAAUAGAAACAUCAUAUUAGAUUUGGAUAUGUCCUCUGUUGAUGAGCUUAACACUGAUGAAGAUCGAGCUUUGUACAUUACUGUGAAUGUCAGUACGGCAGCGAAAGAUAAAAAUCUUGUGAAUAAUUUCCAACAGCUUAAUUUAAAUCUUAGUUUAGAUGUUGAUGCACAUAUUUAUGGAAAAUCACAGAAGGAUAAUUAUGCCAUUUCCAAAUUUGAUAAUGGGUCAUUUGCUUCAGUUCUAGAAAUUGCCCAAAUAUUUGAGAUUCAUAAGAAAGGAGAUAGUCCACUUAAUAUGCUGGAGAUGACAAUGAAAGUACCUGUUAAUGUAAUAAAUGGGAAACAAGAAAUACAAGUUAUAUCAUUCCAUAAACCUGAUGGAAUUAUAGAUAAUAAGUAUUGGGACUGCAAUGCAGAUUUUGGUUGCACAAAUUGCCAAAAUGUUUUUCAAAGAGAGUUUGAAGUUCCUGAAUCUGCAGUCUCUGAAAAUGUUCGGAUAAAAAGAUCAUUUCCUGAAGAGAUCUUAAUCGAUAAAGAAAAAGCUCCUCCUUCAAACAGGACUUUGUAUAUCAACUGUUCUUCUGAAUAUACAAACUGCACUACUGUUAGAUGUCAAACAACAGAUCUUGAAGAUUAUGGAAAAGUAACUUUAAGACUGAAAGUGGAUAUAGCAAAGUUGGGACCAUUCAUGGGGCAAAAAGAUAUAAUAUAUAUUACAUCUGAAGGGGAAGUCAAAAUUUUAUAUCCAGAUAUUACAAGUGUUAAAAAUAUUCAACAAAAAUGGUCUCAUGUGGCUCAAGCAUCUUCUCAAAUAAUUGGCAAAAUUCCUAAGAAGAAAGUGGAUCUGUGGAUAAUAAUUGCAUCAAUAAUUGGUGGAAUACUCAUUGCAAUGGUUGUAGCAAUGGGAUUAGCAAAAGCUGGUUUCUUCCAACGAAAAACAAAAACUGAACUUGAACAAUUGAAAGAGAGAUCAAGAAACAGUCAGAUGCCUGCACAACAAAUGAGUGUGUUGGAUGCAGAUUUAGAUACAAAUGGUACUGAAUUACAUUAAUUAUUUUAUUGAACUUUAUACAAUAACUGUAACAAUAACAAAUCAAUAAAAUAUUUCUCAUUCUACAAGAAAUUAAUGAUCAGUCAUUCAACACCUGCAUUUAUUUUGAAUUUUAUCCACUGCAUUUGGACUGUAAAAUUUGUUGUUUCCAUGCUUUAGUAUGUUGAGAACAUUAGAUGAAAUCUACAUCUGAUUACAAAGAUAAUAAAAGUACAAACGAUUUGUUUAGAUUUUUUUAGUAUCAGGAGUGACCUUUAGAAGAUAAUGAUAGUGGUGGUAAAGUGUAACAAAUUUCAUUUUUUAGUGUAGCGUACAUUUAUUGUAAUCAUGACUAUACCAUGCUUACAGUUGCAAUUUCACUUAUCAAAUCAAAUCUUAAGUUUCUUAUAAGUCCAUUUGAGAAUUACUAGGUAUAUGUGGAUUGUCUUCUUGGUGCGACUAAACACCAUGACAGUAUCACAACACAAGGAAAAGUGUUGUUCUGAUGGAAUCUGAUAACUAAUAAAAGUCAGAGAUCGUGAAAGCAAUCUACGAGUGUGCCCUCUUUUCUGAUUUGAUUGAAUAUUUCAUAAAAUAGUAAUGUGUCUUAAAAUUUUGAUAUUUAGUUUUGAGCAAAUUGUAACUCUUGCUGCAUAAAUAACUAGCAAAAUAAUUGCCAUUGCCCAGACUUUCUUCUUAUCCAAUUCUUGUAAAAGAGGAAAAAGAUCCAUUUUGUUUAAAACCAAGGUGCAUAAGAUUAUUAUUUUUAAUGACGUUGGUUCAAAUGUACCCAUCUGCUCUUAGCGAAUAAUAGGCGAAAAACAAUGAUUGUAGUGCGUCUACAAACAUAUUAUUUAAAUUAUUUAUUUUUCGUAUUUGUGUUGCAUUAAUCUUUAC